AUGGAAAACACCACGUCAGCUUCUAACGCAAAUAAUAAUGAUGAAGAGGAGUUAAGAGUGCUCGAGUUUUAUAGUGGAAUUGGUGGUAUGCAUUAUGGGUUAAAGGAAUCAGGAGUAAAAUUUGAGGUUGUUCAAUCAUUCGAUAUUAAUACAAAUGCAAUUUUAAACUAUAAAUAUACAUUUAAUGAAAAUACAAGCCAAAAAAAUAUCGAAUCAUUAACUGUCGAAGAAAUUGAUAACUUUAAAUCAAAUGCAUGGCUAAUGUCACCACCAUGCCAACCAUUUACAAGAAGUGGACUACAAAAAGACGAUUUAGAUAAUAGAACCAAUAGUUUUUUUCAUCUUUUGGAUGUUAUUGGUAAAUUAAAGUCACCACCUAAAUACAUUUUAAUAGAGAAUGUUUUUGGAUUUGAAAAAUCAAAUACCAGAACAGAAUUGGUCAAAGUUUUAAAGCAAUUACAUUAUAGUUUUCAAGAAUUUCAUUUAACACCUCAACAAUUUGAUUUACCAAAUCAAAGAUUAAGAUAUUUUUGUAUUGCAAAAUUAAAUUCAAUUUUUAAUUUUCAAGAAAUCGAAGAAACAAUAAUAGAUAAAAAAGAUGAAAAUGUAAAUAAUAUUAAUAAUGAAAAUAAUGAAAAUAAUAAUAAUAAUGAUAAUAAUGAUAAUAAUGAUAAAUAUAAAAUUUUAAAUUAUAUACCUGGAUAUAAUCAUUCAACACUGGAAGAUUGCGAACCAUUGUCAAACUAUUUAGAUACUGAUAAAACAGAUGAUGAAAUCUAUCAACAACAUAAAGUACCCGAAAAAUUAUUACUUUCAAAAGGAAUGCUUUUUGAUAUCAAGCAAAAAGAAAGUAAAACUUGUAACUGUUUCACAAAAUCAUAUGGUAAGUUUGUUGAGGGAACAGGCAGUAUUAUUCAAAUUGAUAAUGAAUUCAAAGCCGAUGAAACAAAUCCCAAAUCAUUGAUACCAAUGAAACUUCGUUAUUUUACACCAAAAGAAAUCACAAGAUUACAUGGUUUUCCCGAAGAAUUUAAAUUCUCACCACAACUAAAAACGAUUCAAUGUUACAGAUUAAUCGGUAAUAGUUUAAAUGUCAAAAUAAUUUCCGAAUUAGUAAAAUUAUUAGUUUCAAAAUAA